GCUCCUAGUUCAUGCACCACGGAAGGUAACCAACCUGGUGGCCGAGCCCGAGUGACCAUGGCUACCUACAGCCUGGCGAAUGAACGGCUGCGCGUCCUAGAAGACAUCGAACGGGAAAUCGGCGCCAUUCUUCAGAAUGCAGGUUCGGAGACGGACCGUGAUCUUGAACUGUCCAAAGAAAAGACCAACGAGCGGCUUCUAGAUCGUCAGGCGGCAGCCUUCAUGGCGUCGGUGCAACACGUGGAGGCAGAACUGUCAUCUCAGAUCCGCUACCUCACACAGGUGGCAACAGGGCAGCCCCAUGAAGGUUCCAGCUAUUCUUCAAGAAAGGACUGCCAGAUGGCCCUGAAGCGUGUGGACUAUGCUUGCCUCAAGCUCAGUGAUGUGGCCCGAACCUGUGAGCAGAUGCUGGAAAGCUAGACAACUGAAGAAGAGCAAGAAUUAUAAGUAUACCACCUGUAUUCCAGGACAGGCUAGAACUUUAGAACAUGGAG